AUGUUCACCGCAACCAAUAAAAAAGCGGAGGAGGAAUUCCGGAGAAAGGAACACGAAGUACGCCAAUUAAUGCGCCACCAACAGAUCGUGCACAUUCAGAAACACUACAGAGGUAGGCUGGCGAGAAAGCGGGUGUCGGAAGAUAAAGCAAGACGAUCGAGUGCUGCGACGUCAGUCCAAAAAGUGUAUCGAGGCAGCAAGGGUAGGCGACAAGCGGGUGACUUGCGUCAAUUUCGAGAGGACGAGAAGCGACGACAGGAAAGAGAAGCUGAAAGAGAGGCAAGGAGCAAAGAGAGGGCUUUGUCUAAAGAACGUGCGCCCUCUAGAGACCGUUCUGCAGAGCGGCGCUCUCCUCUUCUCUCGUCAAAGAAGAAACGAUCCUCAAAAGGUCAAAAUCCUCAACAAGGUGAUGACGUCACAGAACCAGGGAAAAUCCGUUAUGGUAGUGGUACCAGUGGUCGCAAGAGGAGCCCAGCAGCAAAGAAAAAAUCACCUCUCCGGCCUAAGAAUCUCUAUCUCGGAAAGCCAGAAGCUAUCGGAAAAGUUGUGCGAAUAAUUGACGGCGAAGGGGCCGCAGAUGGAGGACCACGUAAGAGAAGUAAGAAGACAAGUCCCGCUUCCAGGAACAUGAAAAACUCCACUUCAGCAAGCUCCUCAAAGAAGUCACCACAGCUCUUCUACUCCUCUACUUUGGACAGAGGAGACCACGACACAAGUUCCAGUUCCAGUUCUUCCAACGUGGAUCACGACAGCGUUGAGGACUUCAUGAAGGCCUUGUUGGAUGCCGACACUUCUGCCUCGAACGUAAACGCCUAUUUGCAGCAGAUCAUCGGGUACAGCGAG